AUGGGGCUACGAGACUUUUUUCGAAAGUAUACAAAUAGAAAUGAAAUUCCGUCGUGCUCCACUAUCGAUAAAACAUCUCAAAUAUCGCAGCAACAACAGACACCAAAAUCUCGUUAUAUAAAAUCGAUUGAUCUCAAUAGUCGAGUGCCAGAAAAUAUUUCUGAAAAAUAUCGUCAAUUUCCAUUUCCAACACGUCAUAAUGCUAUAACAGAUGAAUAUGAAGUGUCAGAAGAAUCUUUAGGUAUUGGUAUAAAUGGUAAAGUUCUGACGUGUUGGCAACGUGCUACCAAACGUAAAUGUGCUCUUAAAAUAAUCAAAGAUUCAGAUAAAGCACGUCGUGAAAUUAUUUUACAUAAAAAAGCCUGUGAAGGAUGCGUUUAUAUUGUUCAAAUACUCGAUAUUUAUGAAAACAUUUUUGGAGAAAACCGAUGUUUACUUCUAGUUAUGGAAUGUAUGGACGGUGGAGAAUUAUUUAAUCGUAUUCGAAAUAAACAUGACAGACCAUAUACAGAACGUGAAGCAGCUAAUGUUAUUUUAAUGAUUGCUAAAGCUGUUGCACAUCUACAUCAUAUGGAUAUGGCUCACCGUGAUUUGAAACCAGAAAAUUUACUUUUUACAACUAAUGCAGAAGAUGCUUUACUCAAAUUAACAGAUUUUGGAUUUGCAAAAGAAGGAAAUAAUGAACAACGUCCAUUGAAUACGCCAUGUUAUACUCCAUAUUAUGUUGCACCAGAAAUUUUGUCCCAUGAUAAAUAUGAUAAAGCAUGUGAUAUUUGGUCAAUGGGUGUGGUCAUGUACAUUCUUUUAUGUGGUUAUCCACCAUUUUUUUCGAUAAAUGGUGGUACAAUUAGUGCUGGAAUGAAAACAAAAAUCAAAGCUGGCGAAUAUCAAUUUCCAAAAGCUGAAUGGAAAAAUGUUUCAGAAGAAGCUAAAACAGUUAUUCGAAAGAUGUUAACAGUUGAUCCAGCUACACGCGCUACUAUAGAUUGGAUUCUUCGAUGUCCAUGGUUAGUAGGCACUGUACCUGAAACGCCAAUUGAUAUUCAUUCUAUGUUUGAUUCUGAAAAUUAUGAACAAAUGCAAAUUGAAAUUGCCGCUGCAAAUCAUGCUCAACGUCGAGCUGAUGCCGAUGACGAUGAGCAUAUAGAUCUACUCACACCAGAUAAAUCACGUAUCGCACAACGAGCUGCUAAACGACAACGACAAUCUGCUACUGAAAAUGCUAUACCACCAUUAUCACAAAUCGACGAACGGGAAUAA